UGUGUUUGUUUUUCUCUUUUGUUCCUCAAGUCAAAACAGGAAGAGCUGGGAGCGGGCGGUGUUUACCCCGCAGCCUCCAGCCUCAGCACCGCCCCAGUCCGAGUGACGCCUCUGAAGGGGGAAAAGUUUUAAGAACAACAACAACAACAAAACAAACAAACAUCAGAGAAGAAGAAGAAACGUAAACAACGAUCGGAGUGUGACCAACAUGGCGGCGGUUGGGAGCGUCGGAACUUUGUCCCGGAGCUGUCUGUAACGCCAGGCCGGUCUGGGAGCCUCUGAGAGCGGGGAAGCGGCAUGAAGCAGCCCGGGCUGCGGACAUCAUGGCUGCUGUGACAUCCAACACCCGCACAAUCAUGACGGAUUCACCCGCAGAGUCGCGGCGCAGCGGCCGGGUCCCGGCUCCGGGCGGCGGCGGCAGGUCGGCGGAGACCUGGAAGAGGGACAUCGUCAGUCAGCUGAAGCACCGAGACCUGAGCCAGCACGCCAUGUUCCAGGACCUGAUCCGCUUCUACACUCAGCUGCUGGACAAAACCAGUCUGGCCAAAGGAAUUCUGAGCUGCUCCGUCAGACGUCCCUCCCCUGACCGCAGCAGCUCCAUUUCCUCUCUGCUUCACCACAACAACCAGCUGAAGAAAACUACAGGAGAGUUGGCCUAUCAGGUGGUGGAGCUGCAGCAGCAGAUUAAAACCAAGGAACGUGUUCUGGAGGAGCAACAUGCCAGACUGCUGGAGGAGGAGCAUCGGCUGACGGGUGCGUUUGAUGCCCAUAAGGAGCUGCAGGAGCGGGUGGAGCAGGUUCAAGAGGAGAACAGGGCUUUGAAGAUGGAGUACGACGCCCUGCUGGAGCGACAGAGACAGGCAGAGACGAGACUCCUAGAAGAGAAAGUCAGAGGAGGACACCUGCUGGAGGACAUGAUCCAACUGAAGCAGCAGGCUGCCGCCCGCAUGAACAGCCGCAACCAACGCAAGUCCAGAGCUCGAGAACUUAACCUGCAGAAGGACCUGCAGACCGCAGCGAGGUCAAUGGUCAACAUAGACAGCUCUUACAGCGCUCCGACCUCCAGAUCCACAUCUCCCAAGAAUGAAAACCCAGAGUCCACCGAGAGACGACACACCAGGCUGUUCAGAUCAGCGUCGGCUUCGUCGCCGAGGAUCCUCACCUCCAUCAGAGAGCUGUUUGACAGGAAGAGGCGUGGCCACUCGGUCUGCAGUCUGGAGGAGGAUCUGAUGUGUCCUGUAGGAAUCUGUCUGUCAGCCCGAGUCCCCGUUAGAGCUCUGCAAGUCCUGGAGGCCCACGAGCAAGGCAUCAACGCAGUGAGGUUCAGCACCAGCUCAGGCCUGCUGGCCACCGGAGGAACAGACAGAGUGGUUAAACUGUGGGAGGUCCGGGCAGGUUCGCUGACCCACAGAGCGACGCUGGACGGCAGCACAGAGGGGAUCACCUGCAUCGAGUUCGACCCGACGGGUUUGCGGAUCCUCGCAGCUUCGUACGACAAAUCAGCCUUGUUGUGGCGGCUGGAUGACUCCGUUCCCAAGCUGACUCUGACAGGUCACAGCAGGAAGGUAACUGCAGCGAGGUUCAGUUCUCUUCACCAGGUGGUGACUGGCAGCGCAGACAGAACCAUCAGACUGUGGGACCUACAAAGAGCCGCCUGUGUGCAGGUAGUUGAAGUGGCGUCGUACUGCAGUGACCUGGUCUGUUCUGAGAACUGUAUCAUCAGUGGACACUAUGAUUGUAAGAUCAGAGUCUGGGACACCAGGACGGUCGGCUGUGUUCAAGAGCAUCCUGCUCAGGGUAAAGUCACCUCAUUGGACAUCACCCCCGACCACCGUCAGCUGCUCAGCUGUUGCCGUGAUGACUGCCUCCAGCUGGUCGACCUGAGGAGGCGGAGCAACGACCGCGUGUGCUUCAGAGCCGAGGGCUUUAAAUGUGGCAGCGACAGCACCAAAGCUGUUAUCAGUCCAGACGGUUGCUACCUCGCAGUCGGAUCAGCAGACGGUGCAGUUUACAUCUGGAACGUCUCCACAGGCAACCUGGAGACCCGCCUACCUGACAAACACAGUUCGUCCAUCAGUGCCGUGUCCUGGUCUCUGUCCGGUGAAUACGUUGUCAGCGUGGACAAGAGUCGGCUGGCCGUCCUCUGGAGUGACAUCUGAAACAGCCAAUCCACAAGGAGGUCACGUUGUUACAGCAACACAACACGCCUUACCUUUAAGAACCGAUCUGAGAGAUGUCAAAGGGAACACCAGUGUUUUGUAUUUGUUUUUUAAGCUAUUUGUCGAUUGGACCAACGGGAUGUGAAACUUUCUGCUCGGUGCCUGUUUCUGCAUUUGCUAACUCGGGAACAAUUAAUAAUUAAUAGACAAAAAAAAGGGAAGACACACUGAGCUUUUUUAAAAACUGUGUCAACUGUACAAAGGGAAACCUGCAACCAGAACAGCCAAACCUUCCUGUGAUAAAGAACAACUUUAUAAUGAGGCCAACAUGUCAUCAGGGUCAUCAUACAACACAUUACAAAGAUCAUUUAAAUAAGAGUUCAAAAUAUAUAAUAAAGGCAUCCAGUCAUAUACAUGCUCAUAGAUGUGGGAAUGCCGUCGUGUUCCCAAUAAUGGACACGAGAGACACCAUAAACAGGUGGAGGGCGUCUGUGAGGGAGACAUUUUUAGACAUUUUCUCACCUGGAAGUGAAAUAUCGACACGUUUUAAUAUCGUGAGAUCUCGUCACACCCCGAGCUGAUAUGUAUGCAUUUAUACUUACACUUUUAAAGGAGUUAUAGCGGGUUUAAAUGGGGAAAUUUUUGUCCUUAGGGAUUUAAAGGGAUUCAUAAGGGUUUAAAAGAAGAGAUUUAGCUUCCUUCUGGACAAUAACACAAUAACAAUAAUUAUUGCAAUAUAAUUAGGGAUUAAUUAUUUUAUUAAGAUGUUUAUUUUGUUGGGGAAAAAUGACCGAAAAAAGCUUUUACUUAAUUUUACUCGUGCAUAUUUGAUUUUAUCAUGAUUGUUUUGAAUGUUCUACCUCAGAUUCGUGAAGGGAUCCACAUCAAGUGUACUGACCAUAAAGACAAGUUUAAACCACAGUUAACCAUCAGGUGUCUUCAACUUUCACUCAGGAGCAUAAAUCAGCAUUUAAACUCGAAAGAAACAAGGAUUUGAUAUUGUGAUAAUUAUCGAUAUCGAAAGAGAUGACGAUUUUUAUCGUGAUAACACUUUUUGGCCGUAUCGUCCAACCCUACUUCCUUCUCAUCUUAUUAAAAUGUUCUUUGUAAUGUGUGAAAUGUCCCCUCCAGAGGGACAGUCACCUGUGUUCACUACCGGCCUGACGAGGACGAUACUCCAGAAGUUUUAUUUUGAAGGAGCGGUGAGGUCAGCGAGUUUAGCUCCUCCUUUUCUCAGAAAGAAAAUCUGUGAGGUCAUUCUGAUUGGAGGAGAAGUCGCUGAGCUGCUUUCAGACAGGAUUAGAUUUAGGUGGUUCUGGUCCUGAAGUCUGCAGCUCUGCGGUGGAUUCACAACUAAAAGGCCUCUGCGUUAACCCUUUGUUUGGCCUCUCGGGUCUGAAGAGAGAAAAGUCGCCGGCCGGAGGUUCUGAUGGAGGCUCAACUCGUGGACGAUCCGUGUCGUCUUUUAUGUUAAACUCCCUGAACAAACUCCUGCUUCCUGUGCUGAAGUUGCUCUAAAUGAUUAUUGGAACACACGUUACAUUUAAUGGACAUUUCAAAACAGCCAAAAUAAAAUAAAAUACUAUUAAAUAAUUGAAAGGAGUAUAAAUAACUUGGGAGUCAUAUUUCGAUCUGGGUCCUUUUAGUACUGAUUACUUAUAUUCUCCUAAAUGUUUGUUAAAUAAGGAUCUGACCAACACGUUCUCACUCCCGACUCGUCACAUACUGACUCUUGGUCAAGGCACUUUGGGUAAAUUUUUAUACGUUUAAGGCUCCGUGGUCAGGUUAGCAACGCUUAGCAACAAUAAAUAUGUAACGUCCGGUUAGACUUAAUAAAAAUGCUAGCAUUUUAAAAAACCGGCAUUUUGAAAUGGCACGUUAUUAAAGUCAUGAAACGUUGCAAUUUGGUUAGGUUACGGCACAAAAAAUACUUGGUUAGGUUAAGGAAAAGAUCCUGGUUUGGCUUAAAAUAACCACGUCCUAGGGAUAAAACGGUAUGAAAAUUUCAGAUCACGAUUAUAGAGACCAAAAUUAUCAGUAUUAUCACGGUGUUGUAAAGAUUAAAAUGUACUGAUACACACACUGAAUCCAUUUCCUCAAGUUUUAUAUUGAAAACUACAAAUAAAAUUGCCAUUUUGUUUGCAUAAAAAAUAAUAUUAACAGCCAAUACCUUCUGUAAACAUUUGAAAACCUGCAUGACUGCAUGAGCCCAACAAAUGACAUAAAUACAGAGCAGUCUGAAGCGUUUCUCCUGUUCUGAAACUUUUACAACUAAUUUGAUCGCUAGUGGAUUUAAAAAGAACAAGAUGCUGGUUGGUCGUCGGACGAGUCUGCAGACACAUGACGUACACAGCAGCAGAACAAGAGCAGCAAGAGCUUCAGUUUACAAGCUAUUAGCAGGUCAGACAGACGAACCAAAGCUGAAAGUUUACUCACCCUGCGUUCACUGUAAGGUAUUUUUCUUCAAUGAAGCUGGACAGUUUUUGCCGUGAGUUUAUAAUAGCGCGGUAAUUCAAAUGUGUACGGUAAUAAUAACCGUCGGAAAUUUUACCAUAGUUUAUCAUUAAACCAGUAGUCGUUUCAUCCCUACUACGUAAGUCAGUUAAAACGUGAGGUAACUUCCGUCACUUGAGUAAGUUAGCUUGCCUAACUUAAAUAAAAAUAUUUAAUGUUGACUUUUUGUUUCCCACGGGACACGAACCCCGGUCUCCUGGUUCAAAGUCAGGGUUCUGGCCCUCAAUCCAAUCCAACCACCUCCUUACUCAGUCUUUCCUGUUACCUGCCUUUACCGCGACAAACUGACGCUACAGGGGUCCGCACCCCCACUUUGUUGAACUAUGACUCAAUCUGAAAAACUUGAUCUUUCACAAGCUUCUUUAUCCAAAUACUGAACUUCAAAGCUGAUCAGCUCAAACCAUUGAUCUGAUAUUAAUGAAACUGGAGAAUGUGACUGCUGAAAGUGACAGUAAGCAAACAUACUUGUAGGGUUGGGUAUCGUUUCAAUGUUAUCCCUUCCGAUUGUGAUUCUACUUAUUGAAUCCGGUUCUUAUGGACUCGGUUCUGGUUCCUUCACCACAGAUCCUCCUCGCUCCUCUUCCUCCUUCAUGUCUCUAAAGUGAAAGGAGUCUCUGUCCUAGAGACACCACGUCGGCUCACCUGUGUUUUGUACCUGAGGCGUCGCUGCUGUUAGCGUUAGCUGGAUCUGGGAGAGCGCGACACGUUGAACACUGAAGCAUUCCUGCAGAGUCACGCCGUGUUGAAGGAAACGCUUCGUCACGUCGGAGCUGCUUCCUCCCUCGCACCGAACCUCCUGACUGCAGCUGCUGCAGUUUGUUAGUGAAGCUGAGACAAACUUUGGAGCGUUUGCUGCGGUCCGCCACGGUCCAGGACCAGAACCAGAAGGACCCUCUUCUUCACGCUUUGUUGACGGAACACGUGAGGUGACGUUAGGUCGGCGUAGCGGCUGCUGGCAGAUCAGAGACACUUUGACGGACGGUAAGAUGCUCACUGCAGGAAGUCAGGAGCUGAGAUAUGCAGGAAUUUAGGUCUUAACGAGUCCACGGGUCUUAAAAAGUCUUGGAAACUUGGGGCCGGUUCACGAUACCCAACCCUACUUACAGCUAAUAAGCUACGAUAACCUUUUCGGUCUCUCCGGCUCACCAUCCACUCAGAGCUCAGCUCUGUCAGCGGCGAGACGUCAUGUGUUCACCAAGCUGACCUCCAAUCAAACACUUUGAUUUCCAUUUACCAUUAAAAUUUAUUGAUGUCACUGUAAUGAAGUGAAUCCGGUGCAGAGUGUCCCUGAAUGCUGAUCUGACCCGGUCUGGAUGAAGCGGUGGUUGAUUCAGAUCUUGUCCUCGUCCCUGUUGGGAGCUUCAGAGACCUGAUUGACGGGUCAGAUUUGAUUUAUUGACGCUCAGUGUUUGUGUCGUUAAUGAAGCCCUGCAGGAAACAGCUGAUGUGUCGGCUCACCUUCAGCUGAUCGUUUAAAAAAAGGUCUAGUAUAAAUAAACUUUGCGCUUUCUGGUGGUUUACAGUGUUGAUCUUCAGGUCAGAGGGCUGCGGAUGCUCAACGGGAAUAUUCUUGUUGUUUGUCUGGUUUUUUUUUUCCCAUAUUGUCGUGUUUUCUGUGUUAUUUAUUUGGUGAGAUCAUUUUGCCUGUUUUUGCUCAUAAAUCUUUUGGCGUUCUGUGACCUUCGGGGGAUUUUUAAAGGGAAAUUUUGUUUAAAUGACCGAAGAAUCAAAGAAAUGUCAGCGCUCAGAGACACACUGCUGGUUCAGAUUCAGUCGGGCGUCUUGCGAUUGGUCAGCGGUGCUAAUUCAUGUGUCAGUUAACCAAAGUUAAACGUGCCAAACGAUUUGUGCGGAUUAAAGCAACAUUAUGUGAGAUAUGUUUUUUGUGUGAUGCUGUACACCUGCAGCCAAACAUCAAGCAGGUGCGACAACAUGAGACACAGCAUGUUACUUACUUGUCCAACAGGAAGAAGGCCAGCUCGCCAUCUGUCCUGCAGAUUUUUAUGUCACGAAGCUCUCGCCAACGUCCGGCAGCCUCUUGCUCGGUCUAUUCUCUUUUUCUCCUUGGCUUCCUCCGUCAGCGCUCUCUUUGGUAUCUUCACCUCUGCCGUUAGCUAACGUUAUGUCCACAGAGGCGGCUGAGCCCGGUUGCCCGCUCAACACCGGUGCCGCUCUCCACCAGCAGCAACAUAAUGUAGCUUGAAACUUGGGUGGCGAGCUAGCCAACAAAGCUAGCUAACAAAGCUAGCCAGCAAGCGAGGCAGGAGCACUUAGAGUAAAGUUACCGAUGCCAGAUUGUGUUAGCUGGUAGAUUUGCUAACAUCAACUCCGGAUUUAUAGUUAGCAGCUGAAUCUCUGUCUGUCAAACCUUUGCUAACAGCCAAACAUACACAGCGAGCAGCUAAUAAGUUAUUAGCGACCAGUCCAACAGGAAGAAGGUCCGCUCGCCGUCUAUCCUGGCCGCAUCCUCUCAGUUUGAGGAAAAGCCAGUCUGAUAUUUACUCUUGUCCGUGACACUCUCUUUUUCUCUUCCUCUCUUCCUCCGACGUCUUCUCCGGUCUCUUUGCAGCCUCUGUCAUGUUGUCCACCUUGAGAAUACUGAGCUAGCUUCUUCUAAAGAACUCACCUUGUACAUUAAAUACUUGUAGCUUCUUCUUACAGCUCGCUGGAGAGUUUUGUUGUGGAGCCGUAAAAUAUUUUUGUGGUUCCUGCAAUAGAAAUCCUGCCCGUGUUUUCCUACAAAGCGCCACAGAAAGCUUCACCCGCCUGGAGGGUCGAUGAUAGUGACGUUGUCCACCCUGUUAGCAGUCAGUGGAGCAUCACAACUAAUUCUGAAGUAACAAAUACUACAUAAUGUUGCUUUAACCCUUUGAAAACACAAUAUUAAAUCUAAAAUAUUCCUAUGUGUUAAUGUAAAGAUGUUAGGUUUCUGAACAUCAGGAGUUGUUAGUGAAGUAAGUUUCUAAACUCAAAGGAAAAGCCAGAGCAAAGAGAUGUGUCAGUUAUUCCUGUUACUUCUCUGAGACUGAAACAAUAAUCUCAGCAGUUUGUCUCUGAGUUUAAAACAUUGGUCUGGAUCCUCGGCGCUCUCAGCUGAUGUUCCUCUAACUUGAUAUGUUCUUUAUACUCUUCUGUCAGCAGAGGAUGAAGCAUGUUUACACUCUGCUGAUGAACAAACUGUCUUCAUUUCUAAUAAACUGGUUUCUAACCUUCA